CACUUGGAGCUGCGAGUUAUCGUUAUACUUCCUGUUCCAAGCAAAAAGCUCAUGUUAUAAAAAUGGCGGAUGUAAUGAAUGUGGGAGUAAAUUUAGAAGCAUUUUCACAGGCAAUAAAUGCAAUCCAGGCGCUUCGUUCAAGUGUAACUCGGGUUUUUGACUCUUUGAAGGAUGGAAUGAAAAACAAAGAAACACUGGAAGGACGUGAAAAAGUUUUCAUCACUGAAUUUCAGGAUAACUUACAGUCGGUAAAUCGGGACCUGAAUGAGUUGGAGCGGCUCAGUAACCUGGUUGGUCGACCUUCUGAAAGCCAUCCCCUUCACAACAGUGGCUUGCUGAGUCUGGAUCCUGUUCAGGACAAGACUCCAUUCUAUAGUCAGCUACUGCAGGCAUAUAAGUGGUCAAAUAAGUUGCAGUACCAUGCUGGUCUGGCUUCCAGUCUUUUGAACCAGCAAUCACUGAAGCGCUCUGCGAACCAGAUGGGUGCGUCUGCCAAGAGACGACCCAAGGUCCAGCCCAGCACCCUGGUCCUGCCUCCACAGUAUGUGGAUGAUGUUAUAUCAAGGAUCGGUCGAAUGUUUCCGGAUAUGACAAUUGAACUCUUUAGACCGAAUGGAACAUCAGCAGUACUUCUGGUAACUUUGGGGAAAGUACUGAAAGCGAUUGUGGUGAUGCGAAGCCUAUUUAUCGAUCGCACUAUUGUGAGGGCAUUCAACGAGAACUUGUAUACUGAAGAUGGCAAACUGGACAUCUGGUCAAAGUCCAACUACCAUGUUUUUCAGAAGGUUACAGAUCAUGCCACUACUGCUCUGUUACACUACCAGCUGCCCCAGAUGCCUGACGUGGUUGUGAGGUCCUUCAUGACCUGGUUGAGAAGCUUUAUCAAGCUUUUCCAAACGCCAUGCCAGCGAUGUGGCAAGUACCUGCAAGACGGACUGCCUCCUACCUGGAGAGACUUCCGCACCCUGGAGGCCUUCCAUGACAGCUGCAGACAGUGAAAGAUACAGCAGGCAGAUCAUUUCAUCAUGAACUUUCAAGUACCACCACCAUUAUCUAAUAGUGUUUAUACUCCAAUAUCCCUUGUACUUUGUUGAUUUAUCAAUACAUGUUCUGUUUAAUAUUUUUCAUUUCGCUCAGCAAAUAUUUAGCAUAUUGAAAAAAGUGCAUUUUUGUAGUUGUAAUAAAAUUUAAUUAUAGAUUGAUUAUAAUCGCUGUUUUUAUAAUAAACCUGGCUAUACACAGAAGUAUUGCUUUGAACAAGAUGUUGCCCAGCUUCAGUAUCUCAACAAACCUCUGAAAUAAAGAAUACCUGCUUGUUGACAAAAAUAAAUGAAUAAAUGUACUUCC